AUGGAAGAGCCCGGCUGCGAGCCGAGCCAGCCGCAGCGGGAGGAGCGGCCGUUCAAAUGCGGGCAGUGCCAGCGGAGCUACCGCCACGCCGGCAGCCUGGUCAACCACCGGCGCACCCACGAGGUGGGACUCUUCACCUGCCUGCUGUGCCACAAGGAGUUCUCCAACCCCAUGGCCCUGAAGAAUCACCUCCGCAUCCACACCGAGGAGAGGCGCCACCGGUGCCCGGACUGUGGCCGCAGCUUCCGCGUCGCCUCCCAGCUGGCCAGCCAUCGCCAUUCGGCCCACGCCGGCCGUGACCAGAAGGGGGAGGAGGACGGGGAGAACAACUUCCAGCAAGGGCAGGACUCCUCGUCGUCGGAUGCCGACGUUUUCCCCGCGCUAGAGGGCGGCGGCGCCGGGACGUUGCUGAGCAACCUGGAGAAAUACAUCGCCGAAUCGGUGGUGCCGGCUGAUUUCUCCCAGCUGGAGUUCCCCGGCAAAGCGGAGGAAGGCCAGGAGGCCCCUGGCGUGCCGGCAGAGGAGCGGCGCUAUAAAUGCAACCAGUGCGAUAAGGCCUACAAGCACGCGGGCAGCCUCACCAACCACAAGCAGAGCCACACGCUGGGCGUCUACCAGUGCGCCGUCUGCUUCAAGGAGUUCUCCAACCUCAUGGCCCUCAAGAACCACUCCCGGCUGCACUCGGAGUACCGCCCCUACAAGUGCCCGUUGUGCUGCAAGGCUUUCCGCCUGCCCAGCGAGCUGCUGAGCCACCAGAAGGCCCACGAGAAAGCCCGGUGGGCCGGGAGAGCCCCCUCGGAGGGCUCGGAACAUAGCGUCUCGGAGGAGGACUCCAUUGAGACUUCGGCCAAGCUGGAUAUCUACCAGCCGCCGCCGGCCGCCUUCGGAGAGGGCGCCCCCUGCAGUUUGAAGGACGGGGCGAAGGCUGGGGGCGGGGACCGGGGCAAUCCGGAUGGGGAGCUGUGCGUGAGGUGCGGGGGAAACUUCGCCGAUGAGGAGGAGCUGAGGCACCACAGCUGCCUCUACCCGGAGGAGGAGGAGGAGGAGGAAGAGGAGAAAGAGGAUGGGGGUGGCUUGGCCCAACCCACGAUGGAUUCGGAGGGAGCCUGGGAAGCCAGCAGUAAGGACGGAGACCAAGCGCGGCCCUACCGGUGCGGGGAGUGCGGCCGGACCUACCGCCACGCCGGCAGCCUCAUUAACCACAAGAAAAGUCACCAGACGGGCGUCUACAGCUGCAACUUCUGCUGCAAGCAGCUCUUCAACCUGGCGGCCCUCAAGAACCACCUGCGGAUACACCUCAAAUCCAAGCCGGCCUCCCGGCCCGGCCUCCAGUACUCCUGCCCCCCGGCGCCCGAAGAGGCCGCUUGCCACCUCGACCAGAGCCCCGCAGAGCCAGCUGGCGGGGAGAGGGCCACGGAGCCGCCGGGCCGCGGGGAAGCAGGUGGAGGAGGUGCUCUCAAAGAGGAGGAGACUGGUUGCGUGGAGGAGGAAGAGGACGGGGCAUCAGAAGAGCGGCCUUACCGCUGCGGGGAGUGCGGCCGGACCUACCGGCACCGGGGCAGCCUGGUCAACCAUCGGCACACCCACCGGACGGGCGUCUACCAGUGCUCCCUGUGCCCCAAGCAGUACUCCAACCUGAUGGCCCUACGCAACCACGUCCGCAUGCAUUUCCGAGCGGCGCGGGGCAAGGAGCGAGGGAGCUACGCCUGCACCAGCUGCGGAGAGAGCUUUGAGGAUGCGGCAGAGUUCCAGUGGCACCAGCUGCGCCAUGCGCCCGGGGAGGCCGUCCCCUGCCCCCAGGAGGGGAAGGAGGAGGAGGAACCGGGCAGCGUCCACACGCGGGAGGUGGCGCUGCUGCAGGCCAUCAAGCGAGAUGUGGAGGAAUUGGAGGCGGCGGGGCCGGCACCGGGGAUGUCUCACAUCUGUGGCUGCUGCGGGAUGAUCUUUCACGACCUGGGCAGUUUGCAGAGCCACGCCCUGGCGCACGGCGACGGGGAGCCUGGCACGGGAGAGGGCGAGGCGGAGCUGCCGGGCAGACGGCUGUACAGCUGCGAGCUCUGUGGCAAGUCCUACCGCCACUCGGGCAGCCUGAUCAACCACAAACAGACGCACCAGACGGGGGAUUUUGAGUGCUCGCUCUGUGCCAAACGCUUCUCCAACGUGGCUGCCUUCAAGAGCCACUUACGGGGCCACCAGAAGCCGAGGAAGGGCCGAGCGGGGGCGGAGGAGGAAGAGGAAGGGGGCGUGGCGGAGGCGGAGCCCAGAGAUGCCCCUGACGGCACGAUGCAGCUGGAGGGAAGUGGAGAUGUUGGGCGUGGUGGCCCGGAGUGUACCCGGGUUGGAGAGGAGGGGACGUUAGACGAGGAGGAGCCCCAGCGGAGCUACAAUCUGCGGGGAGGCAGCGCGGUGAACGGUUGGCAACACCCGAAAGAGGAGGAGGAGGCCGAAGCGUCACCACCCAGCAGCCCCAACUCUCAGCCCUACCCGUGCGAAAUCCUCGACCACAAGCACAGCCAGCAGCUGGGCAUAUACCAGUGUUCCCUGUGCCCGAAGGAGUACUCAAACCUGGAGGCGCUGAAGAGCCACUUCCGUGGCCAUGCCACGGCCCAGCAGCCGGGCGCCAGCACCGAGGAACGUCCCUUCCUUUGCAGCCUCUGCGGCAGGAUCUUCCCAAGCGAGACGGACCUGCAGCACCACCACGGCCUGGCUCACAGCGGGGAGGGGGAGCCACGGGACGGCAGCUUGGAGGCCGGCGAGGAUGCAGCUUUCCCCGGGCUCCAGCAGGAGGCAGAGGGGCGGCCAGAUGAGCGCGACGGGGAGGAAGAGAUGCUCCUUUCCCAUAUCUGUGGCUACUGCGGGCAGACGUUCGACGACAUGGCAAGCCUCGAAGAGCACAGCCUGGGCCACCGGGAGGAGAAGGAAGCGGCGUUGGCUGACACCACCAUCCAGCUGCGGCUGGGACCGCGUCCGGAGCUGCCGGAGGAGCAGAAAUCUGGCCUGACGCCCCCAGACAGCCGUCCCUAUGCCUGUGGGCAGUGUGGGAAAACCUACCGGCACGGCGGCAGCCUGGUCAACCACAAGAAGACCCACCAGGUGGGAGAUUACCAGUGCAGCGUCUGCUCUCGGCAGUACCCCAAUCUGUCCGCCUACCGCAACCAUCUCCGUAAUCACCCCAAGUGUAAACUGAAUGACAGCCGGCCAGCCGGCAACGGGGACAGUGUAGAGAAGGAGCCGGCGCUCCCGCACGGCAGGGAGGGAGGAGAGGCAGCCGCGGCCCCAGCUCCCGGAAAACAGGACCCAGGGGGCAGCGAUGGCGAGGAGUGCAAGCUGCACGUGUGUGAGGUUUGUGGGGAGCUGUGCCAGGGGGCAGCGGGGCUGGAGGCACACUGUGCCGCCCAGCACCCGGAGGAGGAGGAAGAGCUGGUCAGCGUUGCCAAGGAGGAAGAGGAGGAGGAGGAGGGCGGCAGCGGGGAGGAAGGUGCCGUGUCGGAGCGCCCCUUCUGCUGCGAGCAGUGCGGCCGGAGCUACAAGCACGCGGGCAGCCUGAUCAACCACAAGCAGACCCACAAGACGGGCCUCUUCCGCUGCGCCAUCUGCCAGAAGCUGUUCUACAACCUCAUGGCCUUGAAGAACCACAACCGCAUCCACUUCGAGACCAAGCGCUACAAGUGCGCCCAGUGCCCCAAGGCCUUCCGCCUCCAGAAGCAACUGGCCAGCCACCAGCGUGUCCACCGCGAGAGGAGACCGCCACUGCCCUCCUCGUCCUCCAGAAAGUUGGCUCACGCCAAGAGAGCAGGCAAAGCCCACACUGACGGUGGCGGGGUCUCGGAGCCACCCGCUGCCUCCAAGAAGGACCCCGAGGAGCGGCCAUACCGGUGUGAGCAGUGUGGGCGGACCUACCGCCAUGCCGGCAGCCUUCUCAACCACCGCAAGAGCCACAAGACAGGCCAUUACUGCUGCCCCGUCUGCCCCCGGGCCUACCCUAACCUCAUGGCCCUCAAGAACCACCAGCGCAUCCACUUCGAGGUCAAGCGCCACCGGUGCCCUGACUGCGGCAAAGCCUUCAAAUGGCAGAGGCAGCUGGUGAGGCACCAGCUGAUCCAUGCCCAGCGCCGGCCUCGUCCCGGCAGCAGGAGCUCCCCCGGCCGCCCCUUACUGGAGGCCAGUAGCCUUGUCCGGAGCAAGACGGCUCGAGAAUGGCGGGCCGCCCGGAGGGAGCAGGGCGGCAGCCACGUUGACGCCUCAGGUGGCCACGGUGACGGUGGCCAUCUUGGCACUACCUCAGGUGGCAAUGUUGAUGGUACCUCAGGCCCUCAUGUUGACAGCAGCCAUGUUGGCAGUGCAUCAGUUGGUGCCUCAGGCAGCCAGGUUGAUAGCAGCUAUGUUGGCGGUACCUCAGGCAGCCAUGUGGGCAGUGCAUCAGUUGGUGCCUCAGGUGGCCAUGUUGACACUGGCACCCAAACCCCAGUGGGCGUCACUCCGGCGCCCCUUGGCCCUUUCCAGUGCCCGGUCUGCCCCAAGCAAUUUCCCACCCCAUCAGCCCUCAAGAACCAUGGCCGGGUCCACACUAAGAAGCGUUUUGAGUGCUCGGAGUGCGGCAAGGCCUACCGGGCCUCUCGGGACUUGGUCCAGCACCUGUGGCGGCACCAGGCCGAGGCAGAGGCUGGGGCCACUCCUGGCACCAACGGCCUGGUGGACCAGCGCCCCUACAAGUGCGACCGUUGCGAGCGGACGUACCGCCACGCUGGCAGCCUCCUCCACCACAAGAAGGUCCACACCACCGGUCUCUACCGCUGCCCAGCCUGCCUCAAGGAAUUCCACAACCUCUUGGCCCUCACCUACCACCUCCGCACCCACUCGGACAAGAAAGGCCGCCGCUGUCCGGACUGCGGCCAGGCCUUCCGGACUUCCAGCCGCCUGGCCAGCCAUGCCAAGGCCUGCCAUGGCCAGGCCGGCUGCGCCAAAGCCAGCCACGCUGCCACAGGAGGGGCCCAGGGGCCUGAGGCGGGCUCCUGCCAGGACGCGGGGGUGGAUGGCAGUGCCACUGCCGCCAUGGGGCAAGUUAGCUGA